AUGUGUACUCCUAAAUCUGCUGGUGGAAUGAACCUCAUCAAUUUUCUGCUAUGGAAUAAGGCAGCAAUUGCAAAGAUAUGCUGGGAUCUAGCUCAUAAAGAGGAUAAGCUGUGGAUCAGAUGUAUUAAUGCUUUCUAUAUAAAACAUUAUCAACUAGAGGAUAUGCCAAUUCCUAAACAGGCUAGUUGGAUGGUUAGGAGAAUAAUUGCCUCAAGAGAUAUUCUGCAACAACUCCAAGGCUCAAGUGUUCACAAGGGCUCUAUCAGACAAAUAUACCUGCAGCUACUAGGAGAUCUACCAAGAGUAAAUUGGAAGAACCUAAUCAUGCAGAACUAUGCUCGACCAAAAGCAGUGUUCAAUCUAUGGUUAAUGCUACAAGGAAGAUUGCCAACCAAGGAUAGACUGGCUAAAUGGAAAAUGAACAUAAACCAACAGUGUGUUUUGUGCCAAGGACAUAUAGAGACAAGAGAACAUUUAUUCCUGUCAUGCUCAUUUUCAGAAGACUUGUGGGAGCAAGUAAUGCAAUGGAUUCAAGAGGACCAGCCAAAGAAUCAUACCUGGGACCAAAGGCUUCAAUGGAUCAUUAGCAAAGCUAAAGGAAAAUCAAGCAGAGCCAGUAUUUCCAAGAUGGUGAUCACUGAAGUUUCAUAUGCACUAUGGAUGGAAAUGAAUGCUCGUAUAUUUGAGAACAAAUAUCGCAACAGUGAAGUCUUAGCAAGAGAGCUAGCUUACAUACGUAAUGUUAGAGGAAAUCCUAGAACUAGAAAGCAGAUGCAGCAAUUCUUGAUAUAG